ACACACCUUCCUGUAUCUCUCAGAGACCAACGACAAACUCAGAGUUCUCUAUUGAAGACGUCAGGCUCAGAUACGACGAGGACAGAAUGGGGCAAGUCUUUCUCCUGCUGACCCUCCUGCUGGUCAGUGACCUGGUCAGGCCUGCAUCCGGCUCAGAGAACCAGCGUCUCUUCAGCAUCGCCGUCGACCGUGCGCAGAACCUGCACCUGCUGGCACAGAAGAUGUUCAACGACUUUGGCAGAGCUUUUUCGGAGGAGCAAAGACAGCGUCUCUUCCUACAAGACAUCUGUAACGUCAGCCCUGUCAACAAGCAGGAAGUGCAGAUUAGCUCUGUGCAGAAGCUGCUCCACAUCUCGUUCCGUCUGGUGGAGUCAUGGGAGUAUCCUAGCCAGACUCUCAGCAGCUCCCUGACCCUCAGUCGCUUCAGUGAGAUCCCUCUGAAACUCACCGACCUGAAGAUAGGCAUCGACACCAUCCUCAGGGGUACCCAAGACGGGAUCCCCAGCCUAGAGGACAACGAGGCACAGCAGCUGCCCCCCUACGAGAACUACUACCAGAACCUCGGGGGCGACGACAACAUCCGCAGGAGCUACGAGCUGCUGGCCUGCUUCAAGAAGGACAUGCACAAGGUGGAAACGUAUGAAAGUAUAAGGAAUGGAGUCUCUCAAGAGACAAGAGAGGGGAGGAUGAUUUUCUCACAAUCCACCUUUGUUUUGUUUUGGAGUAUAGAUUUGUUCUGAGACACCAGACCGAUGGUUCUCUUUCUUACCAACGACAGCACUUUCUCUCUUUAUUUCUCUCUCUCUUUUUCAAUAGUGGAGUCUGAUUUAGAAGAUUCCAACCAGAUAAGUGUUUCUGAUGGAAGUUUAUUUGUUUGUCACUCGCAAAUGAUUCAAGAUACGAUUCAUAUUGGUGCUCAUUUUUAUAAGUAAUCAAAACAUACACAAUCUCAGAGGAUG